GCAUUCUCUCGACCCGCUUUUGACUCGGAAAUGACUAUAUUAAGGCUUAUUUAUGGCACAACAGCGAAGACUAAUCACCGCUUGUGGACUGUUAUGCGUCUUUCUUUGCGCUGGACACGGGCUCGACAUUGGGUCUGGGGACUUCUUAGAAGACGUGGUACGGGCGGCUCUGCGCAAGGAUGGAGCACACUUCGUUGGUACUACGCUUAAAGAGGGGUAAGACUUGAGCGGCGGUGGAACACCAAGUUCUGAGAGAGAGAAGGAG